GGAGUCGAAGUCAAAGUGAAAGGUGAAUCCGAAGAGAGAGUCAGAUUCGGAUUUGGCAUCGGAGUUGAAAUUGGAAGCAGUCAAGUCCUGAGUAAUCGUCGGUUUGGGAUUCGGGUCAGAACCGGAGUCGGAAUUGGAAUCGGAAUCAAAGAAGAAAUCGCAAUGAGGGCUAGGCCGGAUUUAGAGAAGAAGCCAGAGUCGAGUCAGAAUGAAUUGGAGUCUGAGUCCGAAUCUGGGUUGAAGUGA